UGUAAUGUUGGAAAAGGUAAAUCCCUGGGAAGAAACAAAACUUCUUCUAUGUUAAAAUGAAAAGUACCGCGUUCAUUAACGGACUAUAAAAAGCAGCGGUGUGUAAUAAAACAACAUUGGUUUCAAUUCGGUCAAACUAAUUGCAACAAUGAAGUUUGUCAUUGCAUUUACUUUCGUUUUGUCGUUCGUUAUGGUCGUUGUGUACAGCGCGCCAGCUGACUUUGAAGAUCUUGUUGAACAAGAACAUGCACACUUUCGGGUAAAACGAUUCACCUGUGAUGUACUUAGCGUUGAAGCGAAGGGAGUUAAGCUAAAUCAUGCUGCCUGUGGAGUUCACUGCCUGUUUAGAGGAAGAACUGGGGGAUAUUGUAAUGGCAAACGAGUUUGUAUUUGCCGUUAAUUAUUAUUAUACAUAAACGAGAUUGUAUUUACCUUUGAUUAUUGUACAUAAACAUAUUAUUAAUAUU